AGAACUCAAACGGAAGUACCCUCACUUCCGCUUUGCACGAGGGCGCCACUCAUUCGGACACUGUGUAGAGAGCAAAGUUGACGCUGGUUCUUCCGAGUGCCAGAAGAAUGGACGACGCAGCCAUUGACAGUUUAAUCCUGAAGCUCCACGAUGUGAACGCGGUGAAGUUUGGCGAAUACAAGCUCAAGAGCGGCUUGCUGACACCGAUUUAUAUCGACCUGCGGGUGCUGGUGUCCCACCCAGCCCUCAUGAAUCAGGUCUCAAGCCUCAUCUACCAGCGUGUUCGGGAAGAGGGCCUUCAGUUUGACUCCGUGUGCGGAGUUCCCUACACGGCUCUGCCCUUAGCCACCAUUAUCUGCUCCAGACAUGAAAUCCCCAUGCUCAUCCGGCGGAAAGAGGCCAAGGACUACGGCACCAAGCGGCUGGUGGAGGGGUCGUUUAAAGAGGGGGACCGGUGUCUGGUCAUCGAGGACACGGUGACCAGCGGCAGCAGCAUCCUGGAGACGGCGGACGUGCUCCAGAACGAAGGCCUGAAGGUGACCGACGCCGUUGUGUUAAUGGACAGGGAGCAAGGCGGCGUGGAAAUGCUGGACUCCCGGGGCAUUCGUCUCUUCCCCGUCAUCGGCCUGUCCAGGCUGCUGGACGUGCUUCUCUCGGCCAAACGCAUCGACGGCCAAACCGACCAGUCCGUCCGCACGUUCUUACGGGAGAACAACACUUUCAGGCCCGGGAAGCAGAACGGAGCCGGCGCCCCCGUCCCCAAGAAGCCGUGCGUGGAGCCGAAGCGGGAGCAGAGCUACGCAGACAGAGCCCAGCUACCGGGCGUCCACCCGCUGGCGUCCAAACUGCUGAGGAUCAUGGAGGAGAAGCGGUCCAACCUCUGCCUGUCGGCCGACGUAAGCACCGGCGAGGAGCUGCUGCAGCUGGCCGAGUCGCUCGGCCCAAAGAUCUGCAUGCUGAAGACCCACGUGGACAUCCUGAAGGUGUGUGUGUGUGGGGGGGAGGGAGGGAGACAAAACGCCAGAUGGGAGCGAACGCGCUCAUGCCGUUGUGACGUGUGCCGGCAGGACUUCACGGCGGCCUUCAGCCAGAAGCUGCAGGCCUCAGCCGAGAAGCACAACUUCCUGCUGUUUGAGGACCGGAAGUUUGCCGACAUCGGGAACACGGUGAAGCACCAAUACGGGGAAAAGGACGGGGGUCCCAGCAUUGUGAUCGGUGUGUCCCGUCGUGCAGGUGGGAUUUUCCAGAUCUCCUCGUGGUCCCACGUGGUGAACGCCCACGCCGUGCCGGGGCCCGGGGUGGUGCAGGGGCUGAGGGAGGUGGGGAAGCCCCUGGGGCGCGGCUGCCUGCUCAUUGCCCAGAUGAGCUCCCAGGGGUCCCUCGCCGCCGGCGACUACACGAAGGCGACGCUGCAGAUUGCAGAGCAGCACGCCGACUUUGUGAUCGGAUUCAUCUGCGGCUCGAAGAUUACAGAGAGGCCAGAGUUCAUCCACAUGACCCCCGGGGUGCAGCUGGAGGCUGGAGGCGACAAAUUGGGCCAGCAGUACACCACCCCGGAGGAAGUCAUCGGCCGCAAAGGCUCUGACAUCAUCAUCGUGGGACGGGGCAUCCUGGAAGCCUCCGAUAGGCUGAAGGCCGCGGAGUCGUACAGAAAGUCGGGCUGGGACGCCUACACUAAGAGAGUGAGCGUUCAGUGAGGGCUCGCGGGAGGAAUCUGGAUCGCCGCGUCUAAUUUCAACCUCAAAAUACAACUACGAGAACCUCCUCUAAAUGUGCUGUCCUUUGACACGGUCACUUUGCAGAACCGGGCGGUAACACCUCCUCAAAAUCACAACUACACGGUUCACUUUCCAGGGGUAACUACCCCGUAAUGCUGCACGUGGCCAGUUUUCCGGUAUUCCCCAUAUUUCCAGUAAUGUGAACAGUAUUAUGUCCCUGUUGAGUGUUACAGAAUCUCAUACCUGGUCUGUUCAACCAGUCGGAUCUGCUUUACUAAAUUAUAAAUACUAAAUACUACUAACUGACGAAAUCCACUGACCUAGUGCACACGUUUAAUGUAAAUCUUCAAGUGCUAAAUGAAGAUUUACAGAUCAGAGAAAUGUCUGGGGUAAUUAAAACCGUUUUAUUUCUGCUCUUUAACACUUUAAAUCACAGAUAUAUAUAUUUUUUUUUUGUCACUCAGCAAUCAAUCUUGAGCUGCAGCUUUACAGCUUUAUCACAAUUUUUUUUUUCUUUUUGUAAGUGUAGAUUCAUUCCAGGCUCUCUGGCUCUUAUGCACCACCACUGACUCCAAAGCAACACAGUGGGUUUGUGGGCCAGUUGAACAGAGUGGUUGACCUGUGUGCUAAUUGAAUUUAUAAGCCUAUGCCGUUUGUCAUGUUGUUUCUGCUGUUCAGACAUUGUGACCCGAGAUCAUUGUGACUGAAUUAGGAUUUAGGUUUGUUGCUGUUUUGAUAAGGAAAAUUAGUGUGCCGUCCAUGUUUGAUUUUAUUAACAAACUGAAAUAGUGCAAAAUGUCACAUGAUCUGGGGACUGGGUUCAUCAAUUGGUGCGUGCACGUGAAAAGAUUCAAUUAAGGUUGCCUCAAGCAGGAUUUUGUGUCGUGAUGGCUGAGCUACAUGCAGUUCACCAGCUUUAUAUUUGACUGUUCUCCAUGAUCCUGAGGUUUCUCUUCCCAACCAUUUCAAAGGAUAAAUUAUUUUUGAAUGAGCCUUAAUACAUCCAUCUCAAUACAUUACGAAGUAGGUUUAUGAUUGCAUGUUAUUUUAUACAAUUUUGCUGGACAGUAUUUCAUACAUUUUUAUAAACAGUAUUUCACACUAGAAUUUUCAAAGUCAUUACUUGAUUUUUGUCAUUUCUGGACUUGAUUAAAAUAAACUCCUAU